CUUACUUACAGCCACCACCUUUGACCUUCAAUGUUCGCUGAUAAGUUAUGGAGGGAAUUCAGCCGCAUCGGUGUUCGGGGAGCAUCACACCCCCAGGACAUUUAUCACUGGAAGGCUUGAGCAAGGCAAUGUUACAUCUUGCAUUGUAGUAAUAGUUUCCUCUGCGGCCAUAAUGGGGAGAUCAAUUCAUUAGUUGAUAAUCCCUAAGCCUCACGCUUGCUUGUCCUCCCAGGCGACUUGGUAGCCCUGGAUGAUUGCCGAGUUCAGUACUUCUAUAUAUUCGAUGCCUAUAUUUGAUGCUUAUAUUUAAUGCCUACCUAAGAGAUAAUGUCUCAUAACACGAACUUGAGUAUUUCUGGAAAUACGGCGCAAUGCAAUGCGCGCCAGCUCUUUUCGCUCCUGCAGGUCGGUACGAUCCGUACGAUUAAUCUUUUUAGUGAUGGACUAGGCAAAUCAGAAAUUGCCGACUUCCUAGAACUGGAAGAGAAUAAAAAAUUCAACCUUCCAGAGACGCACGAAUAUUUGCGCAAGAAGAGGCUUCAGGCCCGUGUGAUCGACAGCAAACCAUCAUCAUGUCAACACAAUGGGCUAUGUUGGCUUGGUCUUAAUAGGGUCAAGGAUGAAAUAGAUAAUCUCAAAACACACGAACGUGGACCGUCAGUUCUAGGUCAACUAAUUCCCGAGGACUUUUCUACUGUUAAGCAAUGGAUGGGGUCGAAAGACUACCAGAUCUUGUUAGUAGUAAGCGAGCCAGGCAACGUUACUUGGACGACCACCCUCCUGCUAGAAAUUCUAGAUUUGCAACUUGCAACAAAAUAUAACCCGACUAUCACCUUUGCAGCUCACAUGUGUAACCUGUAUCACACGGAAACAAAGGAGCGACAAGUAAGACUGUUGGUAGAAACCCUACUCGACCUACUCGUCGAAUCCUACCCAGAAAUAUUCGAUGACAUACAUACAUGCCAACAACGCAUAACUACCAAACAAGAGCCAGACAUCGAAGUUAAUCAGCUGUGGGGCCUGCUUACCAAAUACGUUCAAGACUCCGGAACGAAAAAGCUCAUAAUCAUCAUCAAUCAGAUCCAUUGUUUGUUUCCAAAACGCUGCAACGAGAUCCAGUACCCUUUUAUCAAAAUGCUGGAGACAUUUUGCGAAGACCUCAAGAAAGUCGGAAUUAUCGUGAAGGUGUUGGCCAUUAGUUUGGAAGAUAAUGUAGCUGAUUUCUUUGAGCCGAUAAAGAAUUUACGUGUGAUCACGCUGGCGGAGGCACCAUCUUGUUAUUUCUCUGGAAAUGAAUGUGACGGGGCUUAGAAUCCACCAAAGAACAGAGCUCUCCGAAUUUCCCAACCCAAACCUAGUUAGGUACUUGAGCAGAUGCUUCGUGUAUGUUAGAACUCUUUUCUUAUGUUGGAUCAGCUACUGAUUUCACUCCAAAGA